UGCAGGCACGCACCACAGAAACAACAACUUCUGCUUAUCUCUAAUAGCAGAAGGGUAGGGACUAGAUAAUAUGACGAGACGGUGCAGAACUCGAGAACUGCUUUGGAAGAUAAGCAGAUAUCAACGUGAAACUUCAUAUUAAGCUAGUUUCUGUCUCUUUUUCUCCAUCUGCUAAAGUGGUCAGCUAACUGCAAGAGACUUAAACUUACAGGCAAAUAUGAAUUAUCAAAUCUACAUUCUCCUUCUGCCUGUGUUGUAUGAUGUGUGCCUGUGUUGUGGAAGUGAAGCCAAUGAAGUUUGCUUCAAGGCCACUGUAACCAAAAUCCCAGAUACUUUGGACAGCAACAUCACUAGUAUAUCCUUUUACAAAAGCAAAAUAUUCAGCAUUCCGCCAAGAGCUUUCAUCAAUAUGUCUCAGAUAGAGGACCUGGAAUUCCUUUCUACUCCUACCACAACCAUCGAGGCAGGUGCAUUUGAAGGUUUACAUAACUUGAAGACAAUUGAAAUUAUAGAUACGCAAAUAACAUCAAUUCCGCUGGGAGCUUUUCAGGAUCUGCAGAGCCUAGAGAAGCUUGUUUUAAAAAACAACAAAAUAACAUUUUUGGAAAAAGGACUUUUUGAUGGUCUUGGAAAACUGAUGGAACUGGCUCUGAACAUGAAUGAAAUUGUUUCAAUUGAUGAAGGAAUUUUCGAUCAGCUUGAUGGCCUACAAACGCUCCAUUUGGGCAAGAAUAACAUCACUUCUGUCUCCAAAGAGAUGUUUGAAAAACUGAGUAAAUUAGGAGUCAUCAGACUCUAUGAGAAUCAGCUUAGCAUCAUUCCAGAUGAGAUCUUUAGUAACCUAACAAAUCUUAAAGAGAUUGCUUUACAGGGCAACAAAAUCAGUGUUCUACCCCCAAAACUAUUUUAUAAUAAACCAAAUUUGGAGAAAUUAUAUUUGGAAGAUAAUCUAUUGACUGAAUUGCCUCAUGAGAUAUUUAUGAAUCUUUCUGCAUUGAAAACAUUAAGACUUCAAAACAACCAACUAGUAAGUCUUCCUCCUUUUCUCUUUGGGAUGAUGCCAAACAUAACGGAACUUGAUCUCAGUAAAAACAAACUCACUGCCCUUUCAAAAGAUGUAUUUGGCACUAUAGCAGAAGUCAAAAACCUUGACACCCUUAAAUUGUCCCAUAAUAAUUUGAAAAACCUCCCUAAAGGAAUAUUUGACUCUAUUUCUGUCAAGAGAGUUCAUCUGGAUAAAAACCCUUGGAACUGUGACUGCAAGUUCAUACCUCUCUUCCAAUGGAUGAAACUAAAAAAGUCAAUUAUAUAUAAAUUUUCUAGUCUUAAGUGCACAAGCCCAGAACAUUUAAAAGGACAAAGUAUUGCGUCCCUAAAAGAGGACCAGCUGGUAUGUACCAUGUCUACUUUGCCUCCCACCACAACAGUCAGCAUGUUUUACACCACCUUAAAAACAACACCUUCAGUCAAACUCACAAGCACAAUCCCUGCAGCUACAACCUCCAUCAUUACACAGACAAGUGAAUUACCCAGCACGCCCACACCCACAACGUCAACCGCUGCAACUACGGCAACAACAAUGGGAACGAUGCAAUUGACAGCCACGUCAACCGCUGCAACUACGGCAACAACAAUGGGAACGAUGCAAUUGACAGCCACGUCAACCGCUGCAACUACGGCAACAACAAUGGGAACGAUGCAAUUGACAGCCACGUCAACCGCUGCAACUACGGCAACAACAAUGGGAACGAUGCAAUUGACAGCCACGUCAACCGCUGCAACUACGGCAACAACAAUGGGAACGAUGCAAUUGACAGCUACCUACGUCAACCGCUGCAACUACGGCAACAACAAUGGGAACGAUGCAAUUGACAGCCACGUCAACCGCUGCAACUACGGCAACAACAAUGGGAACGAUGCAAUUGACAACUACGCCUACAACUUCAACACUGCUUAG